AUGGACAGAAAUCACAGAGUUGUUGUGGGGCUCAGAAUAAAGCCUCCUGCCAUUGCAGAUGCUCCGUGCCCGCACGCAGACAAAGUUUUCUGGAAGCACACAAACAAAGAAAUAUACGACGAGUUUAUACACCCCCACACAGCGAGCACAGAAUUUUCCACAGUGUUCACAUACGGAAGAACAGGCAGCGGGAAGACAUACACGAUGUUUGGCGGUGAAAAGAUGCCAGGGGUUGCAGAGCUGAUGCUCACAGACAUUUUGAAGUCGCACAAUGUUCUAACGGUCAGGUGCACUGAAAUCUACAACGAGGUGGCCACAGAUCUGUUCACAGGAGUUCAGAUCAGAAUAGUGCAGGAAAACAAUGCCAUUCGGAUUAUAAGCGAAACACAGGUUACAAUAAAGUCUGUGGAGGAGAUUAAGAAUCUGCUGCGGACUAUCGAUAAGAAGAGAAAAACAUCUGAGACAGAGCACAAUCUGAACAGCAGCAGAAGCCACACGGUAAUUGAGAUAAAUGCUGUGGAUCUGUCGGUUAAUCUUGUAGAUCUUGCAGGAAAUGAAAAGAUGGCAGAAGAUUUGGCGAGAAGAAAAGAGGGCCUUAUGAUCAAUAAGAGUCUUUUGACACUCGGAAAAGUAAUAGACCAGCUGCACACAGACACACAGCAUGUCUCCUACCGAGAGUCCAAGCUGACGAGAAUAUUGCAGAACACGCUCAGCUACGGAACAAUAGUCUGCAUAUGCACUGUUAUAGAUCUCUCCGAUCACUUGACAAUUAAAUUUGCAGAAAGACUCAAGAGAAUAAAAACAAUGGAAAGAGCGAUUGUAAAGUCAAAAGACGAGAUAAUAAACGAUCUAACCCAAAAGAUAGCAUACCUGACAGAACAACUGCAGAGCAUGCACAAAGGCGCAGAAACACCGCUGGAGAUUGAAGCAAGAAAAAAUAUCUGUAAUGAAGAGGUGUCUGAGGUCUUUGACGGUGCACAGGGCCCAGAAAGUAGCUUGGAAAAAAAAGAGAAAGAGAUGGAGGAAAAAGAGAGUGGGCAACUAGUUGUGCUAGAGAAUAAAAAAUGCGAGCCAUCCACUGCGCAUGCUGUCAUUGAAAAUAUGGCGGAAUCAGAAAAUGGCGGACUAUCUGCCAAUCUCUACGAAAUGAUAUACAAAUAUCUAAAAGUGGAAGCAGAGCAAGAAAUGUCAAACACUCUCACGCAGCAGGAGAUGGACCAAGUUCACGUGACUAUUAUGAAACGAAAGAAAGGCCUUCUGCACGGGACUCCCUUCCACAGCAUAUUCAAACUAUCUCGGACCGAAAUGCGGUCUAGCAAGAGCGACCGGCAGACUGAAGAUAAGUAA